GUUGAAUUUCUUCGCAGGACGAUGGGUUGUUUCUUUGGAUGUUUUCGUGUCAGAGACGACCGUUGUCCUCCAGUUACUCUUCUCUCUCAACCAAUCGAUUCAAACCCCAAGGAUCCUGUCGCAUCUGUGGGUAGAAAUCGUUUAUCGUCCUUGCUACUUUCUGAAGCUGAAGAUAGAGAUAUAUCGCCUUGUAAGGACAGAAAAGGUGGUGUUCUAGGAUCUGCUGUCCCUGAUGUUUAUUCGAACGAGCUGAAGGCUGAGGCUAAAUUUCUCAAAGCGUGUGGUACUUUACCAUGUACUCCUGCUGAAAUUCGGAAACUGAAAGAUUCAGAACCUCACAAUGGAGAUGCAGAAUCUUCAACAUUUCAUUCAUGGCUUCAAGCUGCUAGUAUUGAAAAGCUCAAACUAGAGAAGCAACCUGAUCAGCAGCCUUCUCCAAUCAAACUCUUUGAAGAAUGGGGGAAUGGAUCAGAUUCUUCUUCACAUUCACCGGACAGUUGUGUGACAGUGCAAAUUAGAGAAAGGCUCUAUACCAACUCUGCUGGAGGCUAUGGAGUUGGAGAUAAUGUAAAACUUGUUGACGUGCAUGCUACUCAGGAACAGAAUCCUACAGCUUCAUUUACUCCUCUGGUUGCAAGCACGCAGUGCAGAAACAAAUCUGUUCGAUUUGAUCGCGAGAUAGAUGCAUCUUCAUUUUCAACAAGUUGUUUGUCUGAAGUUACUUGCCAAGAACCAAAGCCAUAUGGAUCACCAGAUGAUUACAGUGUUUCAAAACCUUCACCUUACCCUACCCCUCUCAGUUUAACUGAUGAUAUGCAAACCCCUGGCACUGUCUUCCCUUCAUAUUUACAUAAUAAGGCAAUUGGGAAGAAUCCAAGGAUCAGAUCUCAGUAUGUGUACCCUGUGCUAAACCCUGUGGAAAAUGCAGCUCAGUUGAGGAAACUGACGGAAGAAAGUCUUAGUUCUGACGAUUGCUCCAUUCAAUUGAAAGAACAUCUUGAUCUUGCUGACAAAGAAAAUCCACGGUCACAAGUGGAAAGCGAAGCAGCUGCAGCUGACAAAGAGUUGACCGUGGAUACUAGUUUGUCAUCAUGGCUACCACCAAAGCAGGCCCAUCAAGGGCGCAACAACCGUUUAUUUCUUCCCAAUUCUCAGGGUCUCCCUGACUUUGGCAAAACUCCUGGGGAUAGGCCUAUACUGGGGAUGGUUGCAGCCCACUGGAAUGCUGAUGAAGCCGCUUCUUUUGCACCCAAGUGGUGGGAUGGCAAUGGAAUCCCUAAUUCAACUAACAAGUAUAAAGAGGAUCAGAAAGUUAGUUGGCAUGCUACACCAUUUGAGGAAAGAUUAGAGAAGGCUUUAUAUGAGGAUAAACUUGUUGCCGAGAGAAAGCAACUAGGAAAGGUGCCACUCCCACCUAUAGACUUGGACGAGAAAGAGGAUCGUAGUCGGCUGCAACCUUCGACGAAUCUGGUUUCGUUCUGAUCCACAAUGCGGUUGCCAAGUUCUGUAUGAAGAUAUAUUUGUAAGUACUUGUUGAGAUCUCCAUAAAUUCAUGGAUUUUCAACAAUAUGGAUUCGUUUCAAGUGAUUAAAUGUUUGAACGUUUGGUUUUUUGUUGUGCAAGAAACGGUAUCGUUUGCAAGAACAAAACAUCUAGACAAAAUAUGUAAAUAUAAAUGCAAAGGAAACUU